AGCGGCCGCCUCUUGCGCGCGUCCCACCGGCCAAAAUGGCGGCUACCGCUAACGCCGAGUCGUGUUUGUAGUGCGGUUGCCCUACUCAUCCCUUUGCAAAAUGUGAAAGAAGCGGCUGCUGGAGGCAGGUCAUAGGCAAUGAGUCGGCGGAGGAAACUUGAUGACAGCCCUAACCCGAAGAACACGCCGCACAAAACAGCGGCGACUGAGGAAUGCGGCUCGGUGGUCGAGCCAGGGAGGAGGCGGCUGAGGCCGGCCCGCGAUUCGUGGCCCCGCGGGGCUAAAGAGGGGCCUCCUGGGCCAGUGCGGCAGCGAGAGCAGCCUCCAGCAGCCGCCUUGUGCAGUAAAAGUAACCCCGAGGAAAGGUAUGAAACACCAAAGAGAAUGCUGAAAAUGGACUUACUGUCAUCUUCCUUCAGUUCUCCUAAUGAUCCAGAUGGACAGAAUGAUAUCUUUUGGGAUCAGAAUUCUCCAUUGACAAAGCAGUUAGGUAAAGGAAGAAAAAAACGGAUUUACACCACAGAUAGUGAUGAGAUUUCACAGAUUGUUAAUCGUAUUGCUCCUCAGGGUGGGUGCUGCAUUGGUACUUUAUACCAUUUUUCCCCCUAUCUGCCAAAGGAUGAAAAACCAACAACAAAUUCUAUGCUGGACGUGUGGAUUGGUGAAACUGCUAUUCCUUGUACCCCCAGUGUAGCAAAAGGAAAAUCAAGAGCAAAAAUCGGCUGCACAAAGUUAAAAACAAAAAAUCAAGAAGAAGAACUUAUGAAACUGGCUAAAGAAUUUGAUAAAAAUAUGGAAGAGCUUGAUGUGCUAGAAGAACAAAACAAGAGGAAUUAUGAUUUUACCCAGAUGAUUUCAGAAACAGAGAUUUUAAGUAAUUAUAAAGAUAAUAUAUGGAUGCAGUCAUUACAUAAUAUAGUUCCCGAAAUAGAUAAUGCUACAAAAAAGAAGCCAAUCAAAGGAAAGACCAAGAUAUCUGUGGCAAAUCAUCAAAAUAGCAGUCAGAAGCCGUUUGACCAAACGGCUGAAGCAGCAUUGAAUGCCAUUUUUGAUGGUUCUACUCAGAAAUGUAGUGGACGGUUAAGCCAAGAACUGCCAGAGGCUUUUUGGAGCACCAAUAAUACUACCUUUGGAAAGACAAAUGCUUUGAAAGAGGAGAAAAUUAAUACUAAUGAAACUCUGGUCAUGGAAAAACUGCCAAAUAAAACCCCACGAUCACUUUCUUCUCAAGUAGAUACAACCAUAAUGACAAAAUCAUGUGUGACUUCCUGUACUGAGGAGCCAGAAACUUCUAAUAAGUACAUUGAUGCAUUUACUACCAGUGAUUUUGAGGAUGAAUGGGAAAACUUAGUAAGUAAUGAAGCUUUUGUUAUACAAAAUGUCGACAUGCCUGAACUCUUCCUUUCUAAAACAGCCCAGGUUACUGAUCAAAAGGGAAUUUGUACCUUUAAUAGUAAAAAUGAUAAAAAUAUGUCAAGAGUAAAUACAAGUUUAGAUGCCAGUUUAGGAGAUUCAAAAGUAUUACAAGAUCUUUCUUCAAAGACAUAUGACAGAGAACUAAUAGAUGCAGAAUAUAGAUUUUCACCAAAUUCAAACAAAUUAUCAUCCACUGGAAAUAAAAUGAAAUUUGAAAACUCUUCCAAUAAAAUUGUUAUUCAAGACAAAAUUCAAAAUUAUACAGUUACAUCUAAUCUGACAAAAAUAAAGGAAGAUAUUCAUACUAAAUUUACUCAUACUGUACAUGCUUCUGAAAAGAAGUCUGCUUUGAAUACAGGAUAUUCUAAUGAACAGAAAAGCAAGUGCAUUUUAAAUCAGUCUGUUAAAUCACAUGUGAAUACUGAUCUUUUUGGCUCUGCAAAUCUAGGCAAUAAAAGCAGUGUUAGUAACCCAAAUCACACCAGUGCAUCAAAAUUAGGCUCUUUCUUUGAUGAUUGGAAUGAUCCCUCAUUUGCCCAUGAAAUUAUUAAAGCAUGUCAUCAAUUAGAUAAUACCUGGGAAGCAGAUGAUGUAGAUGAUGAUUUGUUGUACCAAGCAUGUGAUGAUAUUGAAAGACUAACUCAGCAACAAGACAUCAGAAUGGACACUAACACAUCAGAAAGUAUACGUGAGAUUGAUAACAAUUCUAAACGUGGAGCCAAAAACAUGUUUACUGUAUCUAAACAAGGAAGUAAUUUGGUACAAUCGAAGCAUUUGAAUCCAGGCAACAUUUCAGUGCAGACACCUUUGACAAAUAGCUUACAAAUAGAUAAGCCAAUGAAGAUGGAGAAAGGGGAAAUAUAUGGAAAUUCUCCAAGUUUUUUAGGUACCACAAAUUCGACUACGUAUUCUGAGAUCUCAAACUGUCAGAUAAAUAAUCUGCGUGUCUCUUGUACUAACACAUAUGUUCCAGUACAAGUGAGUAGUUCCAAAUUGGUUCUUUCAGGAAGUUCAAGUUUGAAUGUAACUUCAGCUCAUAUGAGUACAGAAAUUGCCGCUUCCAAGAAGAAAUUGAGUACUAAGCAACCAUGCCAUAACACUGUAACAGAUGAAGCUCAGAGCAGCCUUAACAAAACAGUUGGAAUUCCAAAGUUUACAUUUACAAAGAUGAAAAAUUCUCGGAUUGUUUCUCAGUUUAAUCAAGAUUAUAUAACUGGAAGUAUGUCUGAUCCCAAAAUUACACAGGGUGUGGAGAAAAAGAAAAGUGUCAACCCAAUACUGGAGGGAGCUGUUCGACAGCAUUCUUUGGUGAAGCUUCCUGAAUCUUUGAAACAAUCUUCAAAAGAGGAAGAGGAGAAAAAUAGAAAGUGUUCUCCUGAAGAAAUUCAGAGAAAAAGACAAGAAGCGCUGGUUCGGAGAAUGGCUAAAGCACGAGCCUCAUCUGGAAAUGCAGCUCCCACUUCAUUUCUUUAAUGAAAUAUUAGUUGGAAAACAUCACAAAGACUACUGAUAACUAUCUGUGAUAGGAAUUUUUUUUCUUGAUUUCUCUGUGAGAAAUGUAAUGCUGACUUUUAUAAAGGCCAGACUCCUAUUUUAUUUAAUAAAUCAGUGUUUGCAAUGAUAAAUGAAACACUUUCUUGACAUGUAUUUGAAAGUCAUUACAUGUAAGUUUUGGAAAUUCAGAAAAGUUAGCAAUUAUGUACAGAAAUUACACGGAGGAAAAUAGUUAUAUUUUUAAAUGCUAUUAUUGCAGAGGAUUCUCAAAAAUAGGUAAUCUAUGUUAUUUCCUAUCGUAAUGUCGUUUCCUAAUACAAAACUUCAACUUACUAAGUUAGUAGAGACUAUUUUUGUAGUUUUACUUUCAUUAACUGUUGUUUAAGGUUUUUAUACACAUCCAGAUUCGUAUUUCUAAGAACAUGGUUGAUAAGAAAUAGAGGACUUUAUUUGUAAGGAAAUUAUUUUCAGUUCUUAGAAGUAGAUUGGAAUUUUAAUAAUUCUAAAAUGUGACACAUUUUGGAAACUUUCCACCAUAUUUAGGAAAACUCUGAUUUAAGAAGUCAGUUUAGAAGAAAAGAAGUAGUGAAUUGUCUACAAAACUAAUGUGGCAUCAUUAACAUUUAGAACUGGCAGAAACUUCAAAUGUCAUUUGGCUCAACUUCUUUAUUGUAUCAGUAAGAGAAAGUAAUACUGUUUUCAAAGUCAUAGACAAGUUGAUAACUGUGCUAGGAUUAGAAUGAUUCUUUGGACACCUAAACAGUUAUGCCAUUUGCUUCACAGUAUUAGUACAUAAAAUUACUGAGGGAGUAUUAAUUAUAGUAUAAAAAAAUAAAAGCACAAUAAGGACUGUUUGAUAAUGUUCGUUGUUCCUUAUUUUGCUUUAAAGAAUUAGUCUUCCCAGGAUAUAAAAAUGAGAAUAUUUUUUCAGUUUUUCUGUAACUGUGUAAUUUUCCCCUUAAUUUACUUUGCUAAUUUUUUUUUUCUCUAUUACUGUUUUUUUUUCUUUUUUUGCCAUUUUGCCUAUUUGGAAUUUGCUUAACCAAUAAUAGAAAUCCGACUAGAGGGCAUGAGGCAGGGAAGAUGCUUUAUUUCUCUUAAAUGGUUUUUAGGACAUCUAGGGAAAGUUAGAGAUAUGAAACACCUGUCAUGGUGUGGCAUUUACCACUAUUCGGGUGUCUCAAAGCUAUUUUAAUAUGGUAGUUACUGCCCUUUAGGUAUACAGAUGCUCCUCGACUUACCAUGGAGUUACUUCCCAGUAAACCCAUCAUGAGUUGAAAAUACCUUAAGUUAAAAAUGCAUUUAACACACUUAAUCUACCUAACAGCCUAACUUAGCCUAGCCUACCUUAAACAUGCUCAAGUCAGUCACUUAAAUUAGCUGAUAGUUGGGCAAAUCAUCUGGCAACAUGACACACUGUAAAGUAUCAGUUGAGCUGAUGCCCAGCAUCGUGAGAAUGUUGUACCACAUAUCUAGCCUGGGAAAGAACCAAAGUUUAGAGUAUAGUUUCUAUUGAACACAUAUCACUUUUGUACCACCUUAAAGUUGAAAUAUUGUAAGUCAACCAUUUUAAGUUGGGGACUGUCUGUACAUUAUGUUGUAAAUGGUAUUUUCACAUAUAUAGUGGAGUAUGAGAGUUUAGCUAACCUAUAUCAUUUUUCUAAGAAUAUAUAUAAUAACCUAGAUGAAUGCAAGUAGUUUCUAUGUAAGAAAAUAAAGAGCAGAGAAUCUUACUAAAAGUGGCUUCACUGUGUUCUGACUAUGCUUUGAAUAUCUCUGUCCUUGCUUAAGCUCCGCCCUGAUUACUGCUUGCUUUUUUUCGAGUACUUUUAGCCUAUUCUGUUCAUUCAUUUAGACUCAGCCUAAUAAGUCUGUUUCUUUGAAUCU